GGUGACCAGCAACAGAUGGCUGCAGCCACCUGCCAGGUUCUUUCCGUCUUCCUGGGCCCUCGUCUCUGGCAUGGGCUCUGUUCUGCCUAGGUAGCAGGGGCCCAUCCAGGGAGGCACCUGCCACUUGCUUGUCAGCCACUCACAAGUCUCACAGGGCAGCCUUGGACUCGCUGGUGGAGAAGCUGCGGACGCUCAUGGCGGGCUUGGAAGUACUGUUCGCCUCGGUGGCGCCGGUCAUCACCUGCACGCAGGACGCGCUCAUCUGUUUCCUGCACUGGGAGGUGGUGACCCACGGCUACUACGGCGUGGGUGCCAGCGACCAGCCAAGUCCCGAUGAUAAGAAAUCAGAACUGCUGCCAGAGGGGUGGAACAGCAAUAAAGACCUCUAUGUGCUCCGUUAUGAGGCUAAGGAUGGGUCCAGAAAGCUCCUGGUGAAAGCCGUCACCAUGGAGAACAGCAUGAUCAUUAACGUGUUGGAAUAUGGCACACAGCAAGUGGCAGACUUGACUCUGAACUUGGAUGAUUAUAUCAGUGCAGAACACCUGGGUGAUUUCCACAGGACCUACAAGAACAGUGAGGAGCUGCGGUCUCGCAUCGUGUCAGGAAUCAUCACGCCUAUCCAUGAGCAGUGGGACAAGGCUAACGUAAACAGUCCCCCUCGGGAGUUUCCCCCUGCCACCGCCAGCGAGGUGGACCCACUCCGGAUUCCUCCACACCACCCUCAUACCAGCCGCCAGCCUCCCUGGUGUGAUCCCCUGGGCCCGUUUGCCGUCGGGGGAGAAGACCUAGACCCCUUUGGGUGUCGGAGAGGUGGCAUGAUUGUGGAUCCCCUGAGAUCUGGCUUCCCAAGAGCACUUAUUGACCCAUCCUCAGGCCUCCCGAACCGGCUUCCGCCAGGCGCUGUACCCCCAGGAGCUCGCUUUGACCCCUUUGGACCCAUUGGGACCAGCCCAUCAGGACCUAACCCAGACCAUCUCCCCCCGCCGGGCUACGAUGACAUGUACCUGUGAAGGCCUCAAGAAUGUAACAUCCCAGCCUUCUCUCCACUCUCCUGGAGCUGCCACCACUGGCCCCGUCAGCAACCGUGUUCUUGCGGGCUGGGGCCCAGGGACUCUGCCCAUGUGUUUGCUGGCCGGCUGGGGUUGCCUCCCCUCCCCUUAUCAGAGCUGAGGCACUUGCUGCAGCUCUCCACCCGGCUGCCUUAGGUCCCAAAGAUCUCACACCAUCAGCUCCUCCCUACUUUCCAAGGGAGCCUCCGGCAACAUAAACCCUCCACCCGACGGAGUCCCAGUCACAGCGCUAUAAGAACAGAACGCAUUUUGGAUGUUAUUAUGAAGAACCAAAUGUCAAUACAAAAUUCACGUUGCCGGUC